GGCAAAGGCGCAGGAGGAGGGACCCCGGAUCCAAGCAAAACCAAACGUCCCUUCCUCUGCCAGCAGCUCGGGGGCUGCCCAGCAGCCAUGCAGCCCUCCCGGUGGAUCGCAGCCUGGCUGCUCCUUCUGCAGGCCUGCCCCCCAGGACACUCGCAGCAAGCCGCCUCCCCCUGGACCGACAUUCGGAACUGCUCUGUGGACCCACCGUACCUGCCCCCCACGGCCACCAACACCACGGCACGGCUCGCCGCGCUGCGGGACGCCAUGCGCGCCCACAGCGCCCACGCCUACAUCGUGCCCUCCACGGACGCCCACAUGAGCGAGUACAUCGCCGAGAGGGAUUCCCGUCUGGGCUGGCUCACCGGCUUCACCGGCUCCGCGGGCACCGUGGUGGUGACACUGGACAGGGCGGCCCUGUGGACCGACAGCCGCUACUGGACGCAGGCGGAGCGGCAACUGGACUGCAACUGGGAGCUGCAGAGGACAACGUGGAUCAAGUCCAUCGGGCAGUGGAUCCUGGAGUGGGUUCCCGCAGGGGGCAACGUCAGCCUGGACCCCUUCCUCUUCUCCAUCGACACCUGGAACAGCUACAGCCAGGCUCUGCAGGGCUCGGGCAGGGCUUUGGUGCCCAUAGAGACCAACCUUGUGGACCAAGUGUGGGGCGACCAGAGACCCCCUCCGGCCUCCAGCGAGAUCUACAGCCUCCCGGCAGAGUUCACAGGGAGCAGCUGGCAGGAGAAGGUGACCGGGAUCCGGCAGCAGAUGGAGGAGCACACCCGGAGCCCCACGGCCCUGCUGCUCUCGGGGCUGGAGGAGACCGCCUGGCUCUUCAACCUCCGUGGAGACGACAUCCCCUACAACCCCGUCUUCUACUCCUACACGCUCCUGACCAGCACCAACAUAAGCCUGUUCGUGGACGAGGGGCGGCUGACGGCGGAGGCACGGCAGUCCCUGCGGGCUGCCUGCCCGGGGCCGCUCUGCGUGGAGCUGCACAACUACAGCCAGGCACGCGCCCACCUCCAGCGCUACGCCCAGGGCAACGUCACCGUCUGGCUCGGCACCGAGUACACCACCUACGGCCUCUACGGGGUCAUCCCCCAGGAGAAGCUGCUGGAGGACAGCUACUCCCCGGUGAUGCUGGCCAAGGCAGUGAAGAACAGCAAGGAGCAGGAGCUGCUGCGAGCCGCUCACGUCCGGGACGCGGUGGCCGUCAUCCAGUACCUGCUGUGGUUGGAGCAGACGGUGCCGCAGGGGCAGGUGGACGAGUUUUUGGGUGCCCGCCACAUCGAUGCCCUCCGACGGGCCCAGCAGCACAACCGCGGGCCCAGCUUCGAGUCCAUCUCCGCCAGCGGGCUCAACGCGGCGCUCGCCCACUACAGCCCAUCCAACACCACCCGAAGGAAGCUGUCGGUGGAUGAGAUGUACCUGGCGGACACCGGCGGGCAGUACCUGGAUGGCACCACGGACAUCACACGGACCGUGCACUGGGGCACGCCGACCCCGCUGCAGAAGGAAGCCUACACCCGCGUGCUGAUGGGCAACAUCGACCUCUCCCGCCUCGUCUUCCCCCCCAACACGGCCGGCAGAAACGUGGAGGCUUUCGCCCGCCGGGCGCUCUGGGACGUGGGGCUCAACUACGGCCACGGGACCGGCCACGGCAUCGGCAACUUCCUCUCGGUGCACGAGUGGCCCGUGGGUUUCCAGUCCAACAACGUGCCGCUGGCCGCGGGCAUGUUCACCUCCAUCGAGCCCGGCUACUACCGGGAUGGAGAGUUCGGGAUCCGCAUCGAGGACGUCGCCCUGGUGGUGCAGGCGCAGACCAAGUGCCGGGGGGGCUGCGCCAGGCGAGGAGUGGGGGGCACCCACCUGACGGCCUCCCCCCCGCAGCACCCGACCGGCGAGGAGCCCUUCCUGACCUUCGAGGUGGUGUCGCUGGUGCCCUACGACCGCAACCUCAUCGACGUCAGCCUCCUGUCGCAGGAGCAGAUAAAGUACCUGAACGCCUACUACGAGACCAUCCGGGCACGUGUGGGGCCGGAGCUGCAGCGGCAGCAGCUGGAGGAGGAGUACCGCUGGCUGCAGAGGAACACCGAGCCCUUCCCGCUGGCCAGCGCCGCCGCCACCGUCACCGCCACGCUGGGCACGCUGGCCAUGGGCUCGCUCCUCUCCGUGCUGCUGGCGGGGCUGCAGGCCUGACCCCGACUCCUCCCCUGCCGAGGCAGCUUCUCCUCACCACCGCUCACUUCCUCGUUUUGCCUUUUUUUUUAUUAUUAUUUUCAUCCUUGCGAUUAAACAGUGUCAACACCGA